CAAUUGCAGGAGAUAAUUAUCUAACUAGCUACCGCACACUCAGAUCGAUCCCCCAUCUCCCCCCUCCCAAACAAACACACACACACACACACACGCUCUCUCUCUCUCCAUACUCCCAUCCGGUACGCCGAUCGUUCGUCCAAGACUAGCUAGUAGCUAGCCAGUUACUCCACCAAAACUAAAAAGUUUGAAUAUAUACUUAUACAUAACAAAACAGCAAGGUACGUACGUAGAAGAUGGUAGAAAGCGUAAUCUAUGGAGUGAAACUGUCCUCGGUUGGACCAGGAAGGGUUACGGGGCAAGACGUGGUGCAGGAGCUCAACAACAUGGACCUGGCCAUGAAGCUUCACUACCUGAGGGCUGUUUACUAUUUCAGGCGGGAAGCUUUGGAGGGAUUGUCCGUCCUGAACAUCAAGGAGCCCAUGUUCACCUGGUUCAACCAUUUUUCCGCUACCUGUGGCCGCUUCCGCCGCCCCCACGACUCCCACUCUGGCGGGCCCGGCGGCCGCCCCUUCAUCAAGUGCAACGACUGUGGUGCCCGCUUCAUCGAGGCCCACUCCCCCUACACUCUCGACGAAUGCCUCCAACCCCUCCUCCUCAAUCAUCUCCACGAUCAUUCCCUUCACAACCUCCUUGUUUCCAACCAAGUCAUCGGUCCUGAGAUUCAGUUUUCUCCUCCUGUUCUUUUACAGUUUACAUGGUUCAAAUGUGGUGGAGUUGCUGUGGGCCUGAGUUGGGCCCACGUUCUUGGAGAUGCAUUCUCCGCGGCAGAUUUCAUGAACGCAUUGGGCCGAGUCAUGGCAGGCCAUCAGCUGCCCCCCCGCCCUGUCAAAGCCCAACCCCAACCCCAAUCGCGCGCUGGGAUUGACAUUAGUAGGUGCCCUAGCCCGCCCACGGAUCCCCUCUCAGUGAAGCGCGUCGGCCCAGUCGGAGACCACUGGAUAUGUCCCAAUCAUAAUAACAAUACCCGCGCCAAAAUGGAAGCAUUUUCUCUGCACCUCACGGCCGCACAGAUGGAGCAGUUGCAGUCCAAGGUCGGCGGCGGCGAUCGAAUUCCAUUCUUUGAAGCCCUCUGCGCUGUUAUUUGGAAAUGUGUGGCCAAAACUAGGACAAGGAGGAAGGAUGGGGAUGUGGCGGAGGAGCCCAAGGUCGUCACGAUUUGCAAAAAUAGUCGUGGUCGUCGUCAAAAUGAAAAUGGUGGCGGCGGCGGCGGCGUGGUGAUUUUGAGCAACGCUCAAGGGAUAGGCGUAGUCAAGGCGGAUGAGGAUGUUUCCAUAGCGGAAGCGAAACCAAAGCAGCUGGCGGAGUUGUUGAUGAUGAUGAUAGGUGAAGAAAGUCUUGAGGACGAGCGAAGCAAGAUCGAAGAAGCAAUGGAGCGAGAAGGAGGAUUGGGUGAUUUCGUUGUUUACGGAGCAAACCUGACGUUUGUGGAUCUGGAGGAAGCCGAUCUGUAUGGGCUGGAACUGAAAGGCCAAAGGCCUGUUUAUGCAACUUACAGCAUAGAUGGCGUGGGAGACCAAGGAGCCGUUCUGGUGCUUCCAGGGCCCCAAGAAACAGGCGCCGGCGGCGGAAUUGGAAAGGGGAAAGGGAAGGUUGUCACCUUAAUCAUGCCAGACACUGAAGUUGUGGAUCUCAAAUCCGAUUUGUUAACAGAAUUAUUUUGAAUGGCUUCUUCUUAAUUAUCAAGACUAACUCCAGCCAGGUCUCCGGUUCAGUCCGGCCACCUGAAAUCAGUGAAUAAUGAAUGAUGUAAGUUUCAGCUCUGCUUCCGCGUGUUCGUUCCUUCUUGGGGGAUCGGAUCGGAUCGGAUCAUAUCAUUUGUCUUGUCGAACAAUGACAAAUACCAUCGAGGGUGUACUGUUUGCUACUUUUAGUCAAUUUGAAGUACAUUUUUAAUCAAA